UGCAGCAAUGGCGGCCGAAAAGGGAUUGACGAUGGAGAUCCUUGCUGAAAAAGGAGAAUUAGAAAAGCUGCUAAACGAAGCAGCAGCAACAGGAGUAAAAGGAUGUUUUUGCGCUUACGACGAUGAGCCAUCGCCAGAAGGAUGCGUUUUAUGCAAUCAAUCUCCCACAGAUCCCGACGACACCGAUAACUUAUUCGAUGGAUAUGCAAUUGGUACUUUGAAGGAGCAUCGUCCUGCUAUUGAUCAAAUUCGGGAGAGAUACUCCCAGCAGAUUCGUCAAUCUCAUGGUUUCGACUUUUAUGAUUGUUCCGGUGGGGAAGUUAUAUUAGAACGAAUUCUGAACCUCAAAGAAGAUCCUGACUUUGCGAUAAUGAUGAAACUAGCUAACCGUGCUAUUGAGGAAUACAAUGAAAAACAGGACAAUGUUUUCAAGUACAAGGUUUUGAAGAUUGAGAAAGCAAAUUUUAUGAUAUCAGGAUAUGAACAAUAUUUCAUGACGGUUAAAGUUUUAAAUCUCACCCUUGUUACUCCUAUCGAGACUUUUUACAUUCAUGUUGCUAGAAGAAUUCCUGAUCGUUUUGAAGAAAUCCUUUCGUGUAAUCCAAAAGGAGUGAAGCCGAAUGUUAGUAUAUUUGGCUAGAAGAAGUGUUGGAGGGUGGUUCGUUGAUCAGUAUGAGUACGAGUAUGAACUUCAGCGUGAAGUGGUCGAGGGGAGAGGAAAACACCCUUGAAGUUUAGCUAUUUAAAUUUGAAUUGUUUGAGAUUUCAGCAUUUUAUGUUUGUUAGAUGAUCUGUUUAUGUUUAAUAUUAGACACCAUGAGUUUGGGAA